AUGAUGUUAAAAAACAAAACCCAGCUUCCAGUCGUGGCCGCUGCCGCCCCUGCGGCUCCUGGGAGGCCGGAGCGGAGCUGGAUGCGGGAGCGAGGGGAGUGGAGCCAGGAGCCAGCAGCCAGCAGCGCGCGCCCUGGCCGCCUGGGGAGCCCGAGCCGCCCCGGGCGCUGCCAACUCCGUCGCCGCGUACGCACCUGCCGCGUACGCACCUGCCGCGUACGCACCCGCGGGACCGGGACCCAGCUGAGAGCCCGUGUGAGAGCCAUGUCCUCGUCGGCCCGCAGCGGCCACCAGCCCAGCCAUGACAGGAAACAUGCAGUUGGGAAUAUGAUGCUUAGUCUUCUGGAAGUGGAGAUGGCAGGCAAGACACAGAUAGUAUCUCUGAAUGACGAUACCAUCAUAUCUUGCAAAAUCCCAGGUUCCCCACAUCUGGACAUCAAUAUUAUGGGUAUCACCUGGUUUUGGAAGAAUCAGAUGUCUGAACCAGAGAGCAAGGUGUUUGAGUUUUUUGGAGAUCAUCAAGCAUCAUUCAGACCUGGGGCCAUGGUAUCUCUAAGAAGGCUGGAGAGGGGUGAUGCCUCCCUACAGCUGUCUGAGGUCCAGUUGAGGGACGCAGGAGAAUACCGAUGUAUGGUGACAGUCACUCCUCAGAAGGCAGAAGGCAGGAUCUUGGUAAAAGUUGUGGCUUUCCCAAACAUUAUAUUGUUUGUAGAGCAACACACAGUGCAAAAUAAUGAAGAAAACUAUUUUGUAUGUAGGGCAAAUGGGUUCUAUCCCCCAAAUAUUAAUAUAACAUGGGAGAAAAGGAUCCCAGAGGUUCUCCAGUUUCAAGAGAUCACUAAGGACAUCACCACACAUCCCCUUCUCAAGAAUGAAGAUGGUACAUUUAACCGUACCAGCAGCUUGAAAAUAAAGUCCUCUGGGGAAGACUCUGGGACCGUCUACCAGUGUGUGGUAUGGCACACAUCCUUGCACACCCCCCAAAGGUACAACAUCACACUGAAUGUGACAGGUAAGUGUCUUAUUGCACAUUUCCCCCAUGUUUCACCUUCAAGGUAUGUAACUUACAACUUUGGAUCCUAG